CCGAAGUGGUUUCCAAGUCUAACGAAUUAACUUUUCUGAGGACAGUGGAUUUGGAAUGCUGUAUUUGGUGAGUUGAAUAUCAUUGCUGGCUGUCAUAUUUUGCCGUCGUUUUUGUUACCGCUCAUUUCUAGUACUACUAUACUGACAUAUUCCUUUUCAGUUAUAGCAUCGUGUCAAGGCCCGUUACCCUUGCCUGUGGGCACUCUGGCUGCAAAAAUUGCAUGGAAACUUGGGCAGAAUCGACAGCCACACUGUUAUGUCCCCAGUGUCGGGCAACGUUCCGAAAAGAAAAGCUAAGGAUAAAUGUGGCAAUGGACAAGGCGACCCGAGAUUUUCCUGUUAAAUGUAACAGCAAAGGCUGCCGGUGGAAAGGCAACUAUAGCGAUGCCAACGAUCACCUCAGACAUUGCCCAAAAGUACGAGAGAGGUGCCCCAACGAAGGAUGCCAGCACGUGGCGGCGCGGGAAGAAAUGACAGCACACGCUUGCCCAAAAGAAAGGAUCGCAUGUUCAGGAUGCCAACUGAGCGUAACCAGGGAAAAACUACAAUUCCACCGUACAUCUUUAUGCAGAAACUCUGCAGUUCUAUGCCCCUUGAGAUGUGGAGCAUCAUUACCACGGUAUGUUGUAUUGAUUAGGAUAAUUCAGCAUUGUAAUAUUUUGGUGUUAGGCGAUUGUUAUAAGUGAAGUAUUUUUCGGUAAUUUUUAGCAUGAAUUGCAGUAUUGCUAUAUUCUCUUAUCAUUUCAAUCGUCAAUAGCAGGUGACAAACUUAUCCUUCGUGUUAUCCAAAUCGAAGACUACGAGCAGUCCUAACUUGUGACUGGUGUCACGCGAUACGGGACGUUGUGAUUCAGCUGCAUUCCUUAAAAAUAACUGACAGAGAGGAAUUAAAUUUCAUGAUCAAGAAACGAUUUGAGAAACAGAAAUAAUGUUUAUUUUUCAGUGGGGAUCUAAGAGAGGGGCCUAGUGAUACUUCCAAUUACUUUAAGUCCCCGCUAUUCCCCCCGACCACCCCUCUCCCCAAAGCCCGAAAGUUUAUAUCAAGGUCAAGGUCAAUUAAUCUACGGAGCCACUUGGCGUGACCCUUGAGGUGUCAUGUUUUUCCCACUUUUUUUUUAUCAAACCACUGUUGGAAUAUAUGAUACCAGUCAAAAUGGAAGAUCUAGAACUAACACAUACCUCUUUUUGAAUUGUAGUAGGAACAUCAACCUACAUCUACACAAAUGCCCAGAGAAUGCUUCAAUAUGCCAAGUAGCUGGCUACAAAAGAAUUGUGAAAAAGAAGGACAUAAAUGUCCAUUUCAAGGAAGCAAGCACCUCGCAUUUUGCCCUCCAAUCAGGAGGAAUCAAACGACUGCGAGGAAUAAUAUACUACAAGGUAAGCUGCCUAUUCACCAACCUAAAAAUCAAUAAACAUGCACUCUUUUAAAUGCCAAAACCAGUGAAGUAUGUGGAAAAAAGGAUGGCAACUGUUGCAUUUACCUUCAGAAUCUUACAUUGAAAAUCUUUUUCUGGUGCAUUUCAUAAUAUCCAUAAAAAUCCAUUUCUGUUUUAGAAAUACAACAUAGAACCCAUAGAGCCCAAAGUGGAAAGGGUUGUCUCCUUUUGCUGGAGAAUUCCAAUUCCAGACAAGCCCCUUAAAAGUGGGCCAUUUAUAGAUGACAACUGCAGAUGGAGAGGACUGUACUCCGGACAACAAAAAUUGUUCCUGCAGCUUCUCUCAGCAUCCCAUCUAGUUACUAGGGAAAUUCAGUAAGAACUUUAAUUAUUUCAUGCACAGUGUUUGUGAGUGCACUUAAAGGAAAAUGCUACCUUUGCCUUCUUUCAUGUCCCAAGAGUGACCAACACUAUUCUCAUCACAAAUCGAAUUAUACUAAACCAGGAGAAAAGGUUAUGAGAAUUUGUUAAUAAAUUGCUAAAGGGAAAUUGAUAUUAUGUUUGAAAAAAAUCACCUAACAAAGGGGGCUUUAGAAGAAACUAGACCCUGUGAGCAGGGUACCUGGUGAUACUACGGGUGUAGGACUAGUAUACUGAAAUAGUGCGCUCAAGUCUGGCCAAGGGCAUAGACCUAUUUCAAAACAUAGGCAUGCUAUGCAUGCAAGAGUUACUUUUUUGUAGGGUGGGUGGAUUACUUGAAACAUUGUGA